GUCGUCCAGCGCAAGACUACCGACUACAGCCGCCGCAGCCCGCUUGUUCACCCCCGCUUACUACACACACGUUCACCGUACAUAUACGAUCUCGCGCGCGCGCUCCCUCGCUCACUCGAUCCCUCACACUUGCUCGCUCACUCGCACACGCGCGCGCAACACGCCCGGGCCCGCCGACCGCUCUCUGACGCGCAUGACGAAAUAAAUAAUAAACAAUAAUACCACCGCCGAUCACAACUCGCGUACAUUAUUGUACCAUAGAGCAGCGUACCGUCGUUACGUUUUUAUUACACUCCCGACGCAGGCACCGCACACGCUCCGCUUACGCAGUCCGCCGCCGUACCACUCGACGACCGACGUAUACCGCUCCACGUAUCUUCAGCACACGCGUUUCCCAACGACAGAAUCCGCACUCAUCAAGAUGAAGUGUUUAAGUAUCAUGAUGGUUAGCUUGCUGUUAGUGGCCAUUGCAAUGGUCAGCUCAAACGAGACCGGACAGAACGAACAGUCAUUGAACCGUUUGGCCAGAGCUGCCAAUAACGGAAAAGAAACCAACUGUCAUUACGAAAAAACACAGUGGUCCCCGUGUGACGAAAAGACCAAUGUGAAGGCACGCACGUUGACACUGAAGAAAGGCGACGAGACAUGUGAAAAGACCAAGAAGAUCGAAAAGAAGUGCAAGAAAGCAUGCCGGUAUGUGAAGGGCACGUGGAGUCAAUGUAACUCGCAUAACGAGAUGAUCAGGACGGACACGCUCAAGGAUCCGUCUACUGAGAACUCAAACUGCGAGAAGACCAGACAAAUCACGAAAAAGUGCAAGAGCAAGGGACGGGGUAAUAAAGGUAACAAGCAAGCACGCAACAGGCAGUAAGCACGCCAAGUCGACAUGAACACACGCAAACCAGCGCGUAAACGUGUAUAACAAAAAACCAAAAAAAUACAAAAAUACAAAAAAAUUUCCGUAUUGUCAUCUCCUCUUCUUCCUCGUCCGUCGUGUGUGUAAUCGUUCAAAAUAUAACAUUCACCCCAUCCCCUUCGUCACAUCCGACUUCAAUGAUUUUGCUUUAAUCGUAUACAAUAUAUAUACAUAAUAAUAAUUAAGUUUAACUAUAAUUAUAAUAUAUAUAUAUAUAUAUAUAUAUAUUGUGAUUAUAUUAUAUAUUGAAAUGAUAAUAUUAAUAUCUAUGUACCUAUAUUAUAAUAUAUUAUGAACGAUGAACAAAGUGUUUUCGUACCUUAGGGUUAAUUUUCUAGAACGUAAUCAUAAAAAAAAUUACAUUAUAAACUUCAAGCGAACAAAUUUAAGAUCAAAUCAAAUCAUUAUAUAUUAUUAUAUUAUAUUAUAUUAUUCUCACGAUUAUUAUUAUUAUUAUUAUUAAUAUAAUUAUUUUUAUUAUUUUUACUACUCAUAAUAUAUUAUAUUAUAUAGCAGUUUCGAAUGAUUCUUAAUAGAUAUAUAAUAAUAAUAAUAACGUUAUUAUCUAUUCUCGGUGUUUAUUUAGAGUCAUGACAUAUUUACUAUAUAAUACAAAUCAUGAUGAAAAACGCUUCAUUCCAAGAGUUCAAAUAAUAUAAACAAUAUUUUAGAGCGGUCUCGGUUGCUGCAUUUUAAUUAUCAUUAUCAUUAUUAUUAUUUUUAUCAUUAUUAUUAUCAUUAUACUAUUAUUAUCAUUAUUUUAUAAUUAUUUUUUUUUUUUAUCAUUAAUAUUAAUAUAUAUUAUUAUAUAUUAUAUUAUAUACUUGACGUACGAUUAGUUUAUAUAAGUUGUUUUUAUAGGCUUGAUUUGUCUAGAGUAGGGGAUAUAUUAAAUACUCCUGACUUUGAUUCUUCUAAUUUUAGCAGCGCAUGAUUUUGUAAAACCAAUAAAAAUUUUCAAAAAAACAAAAA